GCUGUUGGAGGGGCUCUCUGGUCCUCCAGGCCUGAUCAUCUCCCUCUUUGCCUACAGUACGGCAUUGUGCUGGAUGCUGGUUCCUCCCACACAGCCAUGUUCGUCUACAAGUGGCCUGCAGACAAGGAGAAUGACACUGGGGUGGUCAGUGAGCACAGCAUGUGCGACAUAGAAGGUCCAGGCAUCUCCAGCUACAGCACCAACCCCCUGGGUGCUGGGCAAAGUUUAGUCCACUGUCUGAACCAGGCUCUGAAAGAUGUGCCCACCGAGAAGCACGUGAGCACCCCACUCUACCUGGGUGCCACAGCUGGCAUGCGCCUGCUCAACAUCAUAAACCACCAGGACUCAGAUGCAGUUCUCAGCGCUGUGACAGCCAAGUUGAAGUCAUACCCCUUUGAUUUCCGUGGGGCAAAGAUACUGUCUGGGGAAGAAGAAGGGGUGUUUGGCUGGGUCACAGCAAACUACCUCCUGGAGAACUUCAUCAAGCGCGGCUGGCUUGGGGAAUGGAUCCAGCCCAAGAAGAAGACCUUGGGUGCCAUGGACCUUGGGGGCGCUUCCACACAGAUCACCUUUGAAACCAAGGACACCAUCGAAAACCCCCAAAAUGAGGUUAUGCUGAAGCUGUACGGCCAGACGUACAAAGUGUACACCCACAGCUUCCUCUGCUACGGAAGAGACCAGGUCCUCAGGAGGCUGCUCUCGAAGCUCCUGCAGGCUGGGAACUACCAAACAACCAUCUCCAAUCCCUGCUGGCCCACUGGCUACCAGAAAAACCUGUCACUGAGCAGCAUCUAUGACACCCCCUGCACGGAGAAGGAGAAGCCCAGCAUUCCCCUCAGCACUUCCUUCACCAUGGUGGGCACCAGCAACGGGAACCUCUGCAUUCUGUACGUCAACAAGCUCUUCAACUUCACCACCUGCCACUACUCCCACUGCUCCUUUGAUGGCAUUUUCCAGCCUGACAUUUCAGGAAACUUCAUCGCCUUCUCUGCCUUCUUCUACACAGUGGACUUCAUCCAGACAGUGAUGGGAAGACUUGUGCGCUUACCCAGUGACCUGAAGGAUGCUGCAGAUGCCAUCUGUGCCAGCAGUUGGAGUGAGCUGCUCCAGAAAGCCCCCAAAAUGGAGAAGAGGCUGCCAGAUUACUGCGCUAUCAGCAUGUUCGUUUAUUUGCUUACCACCAAAGGCUACAACUUCAACAACCACUCCUUCCCCAACAUUGCCUUUCAGAAGAAGGCAGGAGAAACCUCCAUCGGCUGGGCCCUGGGCUACAUGCUGAACCUCACCAAUAUGAUUCCAGCAGAGGAGCCAGCUUCCCACAAAAGCUUAUUGUACAACAACUGGGUCAUCCUCAUCCUGCUCUUUGUAUUCACCACCCUGACGGCAUUGGUGACUGCUGUUUGCCUGCUCCGGCGCAGCAAAUCCAGCACAAUCUAACCUCAGAGACAGGACAGGCUUUGCUUGCAGGACUGAGCACCAUCCCUCUUGCUGUGUCUCCACAGCU